GUACCUAGCAGCAGCGACUGUAGAUGAAGGAGAAGAAAGAGAAGGGCAAAAAAUAAACACGAAAUUAAAAGUGCGAAAGAAUCAAAUCACAGUCCUUGGGCAAUACGAGGCGCUCUGAAAUUGCGAUUGACUGUGCAACAGUGUGCGUGGGUGCCACUGUUGCUGACACUGUUGUGCCUGAUCAUUUUUAUUUGCGAACAGUCACUGAACUCRCUUGUCCUUCGUAGACGGCGCUACGGUUCCGCUGUUUGUUCGCUUUGUUUGUGAGUGGUGCUGUGCCAAACGAGUCCAACAAGCAGCGCACUCUCCCACGCCUACCACGAACGCGACAGCUAGUAGCCUGGAUAAAAGCGAGCACAAAAAACGUCAACAAACACAUUGAAAAAGAACGCAAAAAGCAAACAAAACAACGCAAAUAUCCACCGUACGACUGCCAUCAGUUGUCGUUUUCUACGUUUUUGCAAUUCUCUUCAAUUUUUAUUGGCUCACUCUCUUUCGUCGCUUUUAAAUUGACUUUGGAACAACGUUUCAACGAGCAUACGUUUGCGAGAUCUGCUCGACGUCCGCGUUGCCAGCCUCCUUCAGCCGUUGUCUGCUUUAAUUGAGUUGACUACUCGUACAAAUCUCAAAGCCGCAUCGUUCUCCCAACUCCCGCAAACRGCAGUUAGCAGCGGCGAGCAAUAGUGUCAUAGAGAUGGCGUCAAAAUUUUGGUUGAAUGUUUGGUGUGCGUUGGUCGGCUGGUUUCCGUUGCUGGCGAAUGGCUACCUGAAUGUCUUCAUUAGCCAUCGCGAGGUCAUCAAAUUGAUGGGCUUGGAAGCGGACUUGUUCUAUGUGCACGAGGGCGCCAUCAACACAUACGCCAUGCAUUUCACGGUGCCGGUGCCAGCAGAUGUACAUGAUUUAGAGUUUUCAUGGCAGAGUUUGACCCCGUAUCCGCUGCCCUACACCAUCACCAUCGACUAUGAGCACGAGCAGAGCGCUUUGGCCGCGCCCACGCUCAGCAUACCCGACAAGGGCUAUGUGCCACAGCAGAUUGAGACAUUUCUGGUGCAUCUGCCAUGCACGGGGAAUGGCAAUAAGGAGGUGCCGCUCGUCGUCAAUAUGCUUGUGAGCGGUCCGCCGCGCACUAAUGACACCAAAUUGCAUUUUAAACGGAAUAAAAUCUGCCUCAAAGGUUUAUUUCCUGUUCCGAAUCAAUCAGCGGCACCCGCCCAAGCGCCGUCGCCGGGUCACGCGCUGUUGGGUGCUGCGGCUUGUGCGCUCGGUUUGGUGUUGGUCGUCGGCUUGAUUGCGUCAGCCAUGUAUGUGCGCGCACGCAAGCAGAUACGCCAGGACUCGUUGCAUACCAGCUUUACUACUGCCGCUUAUGGCAGCCAUCAAAACGUUUUCAUACGCCUAGAUCCGUUGGGGCGUCCACCCAGCGCGAACAGUGGUUCCUAUGCGACUAUCGCUAGCCUGAAUAAGUACCCAUCGGAGUCGAAGAAGUCUUGCAACAUAUUUGACAGAUUUCGCAGUUCCACGCCGACACCCUCACCCUACGCUACCGCUCUACUGCCCGUGGGCGGCGAUCAAAUCGGCGAUACAAUUUACUCCAAACCAGAGUCGAUCUGUCCCUCGAGAAUAUCCUAUUACGCCUCGUCGCAGCUAACACAGGUCUACAGUAUGUCCACACCGAAGAGCAGUCGCGGCGGCGGCAAUGGCAGCGUUUUCGGUGGCGCUAGUUCGUCCGCCGGCAGUGGUAGUGAUCCCAAAGAAAAGCUUCGUCGCAUACCCAACGUACAGCCGGGCACGCUUAUGUGCCAGCACCUAAUAAAGGAGGGCACCUACGGCCGCAUCUACGCGGGUAAUCUCGGUGACUCGUGCGAUGUAAUUAUCAAAACUGUCGUUGAUGGCGCCUCGCUGACGCAGGUGGCCUGUCUGCUGCAAGAAGCCUCAACGUUAAUCGGUGUGUGUCAUCCGAACAUACUGACGCCUUUGCUGGCGAACACCGAGCUACCAGGUCCACCGGAGAUCGCCUAUCCAUAUCCGUCCAAGGGCAAUCUCAAAAUCUUCUUACAGAAGUCGCGUGAGCUCAACUCGCCGCUUAGCACCCGUCAACUGGUGGAGUUCGGUUUGCAUGUGACCAAAGGACUCGCACACCUACACUCGAUGGGUAUUAUACACCGCGAUGUUGCCACCCGCAAUUGCUAUCUCGAUAUGGAUUCCUACGUGAAAAUUUGUGAUAGCGCUUUAUCGCGCGAUCUCUUUCCCGACGACUAUCAUUGCCUGGGCGACAACGAGAAUCGGCCGCUCAAGUGGAUGGCUUUGGAAUCGCUACAGAAGAAAUACUUCAAUACUUAUAGUGACAUUUGGACAUUAGGUGUUCUCUUCUGGGAGUUGGCCACAUUGGCGCUUACGCCUUUUGAAGAGGUGGACAUUUUUGAGUUGAGCGCAUACCUCUCGGAUGGCUUUAGAUUGGGGCAACCGAUCAACUGUCCCGAUGAAUUCUUCACCGUGAUGUCCUGCUGCUGGCUGGAGGACCCCAAGCAAAGACCUUCCUUCCCGCAACUACUCGCCUACUUACAAGACUUUCACGAGGACCUGGGCAAGUAUAUAUAA